GUUGUCCGACACUCAAAGACGAGGAUGGCAUCAAUUGAUGCUUGCAUUCCACGUGAAAUAAGGUUGCACAGACGAGCCACUCCCUGAUGAUAACGGAUCGAGAGCCGAGCAUAUGAGGGGUCGUGAGGGGUUAGCUGUCCCUCACUAGAGGACAUAGUCAGAGCGACCUCUCCCUGACCAUUGCCUGGAGAUCAACUUGUCUCGUGGAUACACUUGAAUAAACUGACACCACUAUGCCUGCUCUUAAUGACGAAGAGACUUUGAGAGAGCUACGACCCCGGGUCCUUCUCCAACCGCUUCACAACAGCAUUCCGUCGGAGUUGCUACCUCGGUUCGACCCGGUCUACGUGGAACACUACAACAAAUACAAUGCUGGGAGGCUACAUACCCAUGAGGUUCCUAUCGAGGAAUUCCGCAAGAACCCUGCCAAGUAUGCCAUCGUCUACGGUCGUGCUCAAGGACCUGAUAUUUUCCGCAUCACGGAACAGGAAUGUCCUGUGGAAGGGGGUGAGAUAACCAUUCGUAUCUUCGAGCCUGCCCCAAAAUUGGAUGAGCAUGGCAAAGCCAAGAAGAGGGCUGCAUAUGUCAACUUUCAUGGAGGAGGCUGGGUGUUUGGCGAUCUCUCAGUUGAUCAUGAUUUCUGCAAGACACUCGUCGAUGGCCUGGACGGGCAAUUAGUCGUCUUUGAUGUCGACUACCGUUUAGCUCCUGAGCACAAGUAUCCGAUCCCCGUUGACGACUGCUGGGCCGCUUUCAAUUGGAUCCGCUCCCAGAAAGCAGAGGAGUUCAAUGUUGACCCGGAUCGAAUGGCUGUUGGAGGUUGUUCGGCUGGAGGCCACCUGUCAGCCGUGGUCGCUCAUCUCUGCCGUAAUGCCGGCAUUCCGUUGCGCCUGCAGGUGCUGAACGUGCCCGUAUGUGAUCUACACAGCGGCUACACUCCGGAUGGCGACUUCGAUCGGGAGAACUGUCCCUAUGAAUCCUACAGAGAGAUGGAGUUCACCGCAGCUCUUCCCGUGGCAAGGAUGGCUUAUUUCCAUCGUCACUUCUUGGGGGUUCCUCGACCAGCACGUUCAGAGGAGGACUGGAAGAUCUCCCCCAUGUUUGCGCCUGACUUUUCUGGACUAGCACCUGCGUUGGUCUUCACCGCCGAAAUGGAUCCUCUGCGGGACGAAGGGGAGGGUUACGCUGCCAAAUUGAAAGCUGCCGGUUGUCGAGUGGAGAUGAUGCGUAUGGCAGGAGCUCCCCACACGUUUGCCAUGUUGAAUGGCAUCAUGGAGAGCGGCCGUAUAUACAUUGAGAAGGUCAUUGAAGCGAUGAAACGGGAAUUGACAGCGUAAAUAAUCAAUUGGGUUCGGUUGAAGGGAUAUCGGAGAUGGAGUGCAGUACUAGUACAGAUAGACAAGAAGAUGGAGAUGCGGAGAGACAGCAGGAUCAUGGUUUAUCCGACGAGAAUCCUUACCGUAUGAUACAUUUCAGGCUGGGCAGCGAAGGUGUGGCAGACGGGUAACCGGCGUCCUGAACAUUACCGGGCCGGGAGAUUUCGGCAGGCGGUAUCGGAAACAGUUGGGGUGGAUUAAAUAUGCGCGGCUGCUGCUGCUGCUCUUCUUCUUCCCUUCUUUUCUGCGUGGUUUGUUUGCCG